AGCAUUUUAUCCUGAUGAGGUGGUCCCAGCAGAGGCAAGGGUCUGGUUUCAGGGAGGGGUGAGUGGACCAGAGUGAGAUCUUCUGUGUGAACACCAGGACACAGCUGAUGUUGAGAGGAGAUGCCCAUAACCCCUCCAGAAUACAGACCGUCAGAUCCACAGACCCCCUGGUGAUGCAGAGAGGUCUCCCAUCAACUCCACCAUGAAGCUGUUCUUGUUGCUAUGCCUACUGGCUCUCGGAAAUGCUAAACCCUACCAGCCAAUCAAUGUCCAGGAGUUCCUCAGAAACUAUGAUAUGAUGAUGGCUGAUGCCGGCGACGACAACGAUAAUGAUAUCGAUGACGAGGAUGAAGAGUCGAAGGAGGAGGAGGAGGGGGAGGAAGAGUCGGAAGAAGAGGAAGAGGAGGUUGAAGACUGCCCAGCUGGGUGCCAGUGUUGGCCAAGGGUGGUGCAGUGCUCUGAUCAGGGCCUGAUCGCCAUCCCUGGGAAGAUCCCUGAGGACACCGUCAUGAUCGACCUCCAGAACAACGACAUCACCGACGUCGGCGAGAACGCCUUCAAAGGCAUCCACAAGCUCUAUGCCCUGUUCCUGAUCAACAACAAGAUCACCAAGAUCCACCCCAAAGCCUUCAAGAACAUGGAUCACCUGAAGCUGCUCUACCUGUCCUACAACCUGCUGACGGAGAUCCCCGCCAACCUGCCCCGCAACAUCCUGGAGCUACGUUUCCAUGGGAACCGCAUCAACACCAUCCAGAAGGAGGCCUUCAAAGGCCUGAGGAACCUGAACGUCCUCGAGAUGAGUGCUAACCCACUUGCUAACAGUGGGAUCGCCCUUGGAGCGUUCGAUGGCAUGUCCAGCCUUUACAUUGGGAUGGCAGAGGCCAAACUCACCGCUGUGCCAAAAGACUUGCCCGCAUCCAUCACAGAGCUGAGUCUGGACUACAAUAAGAUCUCCAAGGUGGAAAUAGAAGACUUCAUCAGAUACGGAGAACUGCAGAAACUGGGCCUGAGUUUUAACCAGAUCAAAUCCGUGGAGAACGGCAGUCUGGCUCUCAUCCCCAAAAUCCGGGAGAUCUGCCUGGACAACAACAAGCUGAAGAAGGUCCCAGCAGAGCUCGGCUCGCUGCGCAACCUCCAGGUGGUUUACCUCCAUGCCAACAAAAUCAGCAGUGUGGGCGUCAAUGACUUCUGCCCCGUCAGCCUGGGCAGUAAGAAGAAGAAGUACACGGGCAUCAGUCUGUUUGCUAACCCCUUCAAGUACUGGAACGUGCAGCCGGCCGCCUUCCGUUGUGUCAGUGGAGGCAGGGUAGUGCAGCUGGGCAACUUCAGGAGGAGGAAGUAGAGGCCGACCUGGUGAGCUCCACCCGGCCUGAACAGCAGGGGCUCUUAAACCUUCUCAUCCCGGGACCCAAAAAAGAGUGGAAAGUUUGGAAAGGAUCACCCAUUCUGGUGUGCUCAGUUUUCCAGGCCUUGUCAGACCCACCUCCAGAUGGAUCGCCACCCAUUUUGGGCCCAAAGUUUAAGAAACGCUGCUUUACAGGUACCUCGGCCCGACAAAAGACGAGGCUGGAGGAUCAGAUGGAGCCAUGCUAACAAACAUACACAGCACAUUUAGUAGUUAUACAGGGUGUAUGUUGAACUAUUUAGAAUAAACGUACAUAAUGUAAAUAUA